UUCCCAGGAUGGCUCCGUGCUCAGCGCGGGGCUCUGCCUUGUCCCUCCCCAGGAGGUGACAGGAAUGUCAUCCAGGGCGGGGAGGUGGGAGCCCAGGAUCCAAGCCUCCCGUGGCCUCUGAGACAGAGCUGCCUUCGCAGGACCUCAUCCUGCACCUCAGGCAGCCCCAUGACGGCUGAGAGGAAGGCUAUCAAAGCCGCGUGCCAUGAUGAAGACACUGUCCAGUGGGAACUGUGCGCUGAGUGUUCCCGCCAAGAACUCCUACCGCAUGGUGGUGCUGGGUGCCUCUCGUGUGGGCAAGAGUGCCAUCGUCUCCCGCUUCCUCAAUGGCCGCUUCGAGGACCAGUACACGCCCACCAUCGAGGACUUCCACCGGAAGGUGUACAACAUCCACGGGGACAUGUACCAGCUGGACAUCCUAGACACCUCGGGCAACCACCCGUUCCCCGCCAUGCGCCGGCUGUCCAUCCUCACAGGCGACGUCUUCAUCCUGGUGUUCAGCCUGGAUAGCCGUGAGUCCUUUGAUGAGGCCAAGCGGCUGCAGAAGCAGAUCCUGGAGGUCAAGUCCUGUCUGAAGAACAGGACCAAGGAGGCGGCGGAACUGCCGAUGGUGAUCUGUGGCAACAAGAGUGACCGCGGGGAGCUCUGCCGCCAGGUGCCCAGCACCGAGGCCGAGCUGCUAGUGUCUGGCGACGAGCACUGUGCCUACUUUGAGGUGUCGGCCAAGAAGAACACCAACGUGGAUGAGAUGUUCUACGUGCUCUUCAGCAUGGCCAAGCUGCCGCACGAGAUGAGCCCUGCGCUGCACCGCAAGAUCUCCGUGCAGUACGGCGACGCCUUCCAUGCCCGGCCCUUGUGCGCACGGCGUGGCAAGGACGUGGAUGCCUACGGCAUGGUCUCACCCUUCGCCCGGCGGCCCAGCGUCAACAGCGACCUCAAGUACAUCAAGGCCAAGGUCCUGAGAGAGGGCCAGGCCCGAGAGAGGGACAAGUGCACCGUGCAGUGAGCAGGGCACGUGGGGGUGCGGGGGCUUAGGCAAGGGCUCAGGGAGGCGGCUGAGGGUCCCGCUGCCCACAUCCCUCGCCAGGAGUCCGGUCUGGACCCUUGGCACAGGCGUGAGGUCCCUUGAGGCACUGAGCUCUGCGCAUUCUCCUCCUGCCCUCCCGUCCCCCAGUCCUCUCUCCCCUGCUGCCCCUGCCUGUCUUCCCCGGGGAGGGCACGUCUCUGGACACAGGCAGUGGGGAGAGCAGGGACCAGGUUGGUGGUGCGUUCUGUCAGCAGCAAAGCCUUUGGAGCAGGUCACCGGGCAGAGGUUGCCAGCACUCUUGCGGGUCGGGGUGGCGUGGUGGGUGCAUCUGGGGACCCUGCCCCGCCCUGCAGAGCUGGCCCUGGCCUUCGGUUCAUCCAUCCAGUGGGCUGAGGGAGCCUGUGGUCUGCCUGCUCCUUGGCCCUGCCAGUCCUGUAGCUCCUCAGCCUUCCCCAGGUUCCUCUACCCAACAGCGGCACCAGGUGUUUGCUGCUGUGCCUUGUCCCGAGGGCAGUGGCCCAACCUGGCCAGGUCCCCGUGGUGCAGACCCAGCGUCUCAGCCAGGGACUGCUCCCUUCCACCCAGGCAGCAAAGUGCCUCCUCCCCCAGCUGUCUGCUAUGGAUCAGGCUCUGCUCUGAGCCCACAUGGUCCCUGCAGCUGGUGCAGGGCAGAGCUCCACCAGAGCCAGGCUGGCCUUCUGGUGCCCAUCCUCAUGCACUUACUGAGCACCUACUGGGUGCUGUGUGCACCGUGUGCUGGGGUGAGGGCACACCCUCUCCACCAUGACUGCACACAUCUGUUGGGAGGAAGAGCAGCAGUGGCUGGGCUGUGGCCAGGGCAGGUGGCACCAUGUGCCCAGCCUGGAGGCGCUGUGCCUGUAGCCCAUGUCAGACCAAAGGCCCAUGUCAUCAGUCUUGUCAGAGAACCUUCAAGAUGCUGAGCUUUAGGGUCUUGAGAAGCCGCAGUGUCAUCUUGAGAAUUUCUGAGGCCCAGAGAGCUGCCCACCAGCCUGGCUUCCCUGGGGGCUGUGAGGGCACAGCAGGGUGGCUGUGGCCCGGGGACACUCACAGGGGCGCCCCUUUCCUGGCUCCCUGCGCCCCGGCCCCUGCCCAAGUGGUUGUAAGGCUCUUGUGACCCCAUGUACACACAAGGACACAGCGACCACCUGGCCCAGCUGGCUCCCCAUGCUCAGGCCCUGCCUGCCGCUCAACACCCCAGCUCCCAAGAUCCCGCUUCAGUCCCCACCUGGUCCACUCCCUGUGUGGUCCCUUGGAGCAGGCCAGGAACUGUGUCCAGACAGGUGGUGGCCCGGCCCUCCCUGCCCUUCACCCAGCACCCUGACUUCUGUAUACAUCCAUUAAAGUGGGUUUGUUAAUGCA